AUGAAGAUCAAACUGAGGCGACCGCAGAGCGAGCGAGAGACACGAGACGGCUUCACCGACGGACUCACGCCAAACAUCAGACCUUUAGAUCCCUGCUGGACCGCAGAGACCCCGUCAGAGACCCCGUCAGAGACCCCGUCAGAGUCCACCAAAACAAGACACGCUCUUAAAACCCAACAAGUGUCCAGGUCGGGUUUCAAACGCCGCUUCUGCACCAGAUUUUAA